UUUUCUCACAUCUCAAACCAAAUACUCUUAAUUUCUACAAAUAUUCACCUCAAUUAGCUCUUUCAAUUCAUCAUGGCCUCAAUGAAAAACUUCAUCACAUCUUUACUUCUUCUUGUUACCUUUUCAAGCAUGAGCCUAGAAGCUCGAAAUCUUUUGCAAACAACCACUCCACCAAAUAUUCCCAAUUUCCCAAAGCCAACAUUCUCACCUUUGCCUUCAAUUCCAACAACAUUGCCACCUUUGCCUUCAAUGCCAACACUUCCUCAAGGCAAUGUUCCUCCAUUGCCUACCAUCCCUUCUCUACCUAAGCUCACAAUGCCACCACUUCCUAGCAUUCCUACUAAUCCAACUCUCCCAUCUCUCAACCUUCCUCCACUCUCAUCCACUUCACUUCCAAACCUUCCUACUAUCUCAACCAUUAUCUCCUCCAUUCCAUUCUUCUCUCCACCACCUUCAACCUCUUCCCCUUAAGUCUUUUUUAGCGUGUUCUCGUCUUGUUUGUUAUCUAUGUCUACAUAUUUGUUUCUUUAUUGUGAAUGAGAGAACUGUUGGAGGUUAUGAUGAUAGUAUCAUUAUAGUAUAGUGUGAAAAACAUCUUUGUAUUUUCUUCUUUUAUUUAAGAAUUUGGCAUUAUUGUUUGUACUUUCUCCUAUAUUAUAGAUAUUGAAUUACUACACAUUUUGGAUUCAACUAUGAUGUC